AUGCACUUUUCAGAAGUGCCGCGUUUCAAAUUUCAAGCCUCGAGUCGUCCAAGAUCUUUACUGACGGUUGAACAGGUCCUACAAGCACCUAAGAUUACUGCUCAACUCAUGAAGUUCAUGUGCAGUCCUACAUCGGAUGGUGCAGCCUGCUGUAUCAUUGCAUCAGAAGACUUUGUACAUGCCCAUGGAUUGGAGAAUCAAGCCAUUGAAAUAGUUGCGCAAGGCCUUGAGACGGACGACCCUGCUGCAUAUGAUACUAAAAGCGCUAUGGAGGUUGCCGGCUACGGGAUGUCGAAGCGAUGUGCUGACAAUGUAUUUAAAGACGCUGGCUUUGCUGAUGGUGAAGGACGCGACUUGGUUGGCGUGGUUGAGCUGCAUGACUGUUUUUCCGCAAACGAACUCAUUACAUAUCCUGCCCUUGGACUUUGUGCCCCUGAUGAGGCCCAUAAGAUGGUCGAAAGAGGUGACAAUACGUAUGGCGGCAAGUAUGUUGUAAACCCGAGCGGCAGUCUUGAAGCCAAAGGACAUGCACUCGGGGCUACUGAUCUGGCACCUGGCUUAUUCGACAUCCCGGACAAACGGGGAAAAUUUGGUCUUGUUCACAAUAUUGGUAUUGGGGGUGCAGUGGUCGUUAGUCUACUCCACAGGCCUGAGUUUUACAAAGCAGGGGGUAUUGACGGCCAGGCUAGACUGGGAUACAAUCACACUUAUGAAUGCUGGCCUGUUACGCUUGCAGAUAUCGACAAAGUUAAGUCGAAGAAAUCAUCGAAGUUUGAAUCUGUCGAGAGUCGGUGA